UGCGUCCGUCGUGGAUUGUUUAGUCUUCACGGCGUCACUGUUACGAGCAUAAGGACGCACGAAGACGCUCUCUUGGUCGACGUCGCGACGCUAUCGUUGUUUAAGCGCGGUCUUUUUUUUUUGAAAAAUUGUUACCGCGUUUUCUUUUUUGACUGCUUUUUUUUUGUGUUUGUUUGUUUGCAUUUGGUUGUAAAUUUUUUUUUUUUAAGUUUUGGUGAGGAUACAGUUUGCAUAAGAUUUUCAUCUUCAAGAGCCAUUAGCAACCAUGUUAAUCCUUUGGUUACUAGGUGUGCCCAUUAGUUUAGUAUUAGGAUUACCCUCGAUGAGAGAUAGCCUUACCAAUCCAGUACACGUAUACGACGGAGAUGACGCUUUGAUCACUUGUGUGGUAAGAGACAUCGGAUCCAAUACAGUAAUGUGGAAAAAAGAAGAUAGAGAAAGGCAUAGUAUGCGGGUACUUACUGCGGGCGAAAACAGAGUGACAGCUGAUAAUCGAUUUAGCGUGCUUCAUGAUUCAGGUUCAAUGGAAGAUGACUAUGGAACUACAGAUGUGCCAUCUGGUGGGGACGUAUGGGUACUAGUAAUAAAAAACUCGCGACCAAGUGAUUCUGGAAUUUACGUUUGCGAAGUAAACAGUAACCCUAUUGUUAGAAGCUUUCAUAAAUUAAGUGUGGUAUCAAGAGCGAUAACAGCAAAUCCUACAGACGUCAUCAUAUACGAAGACCCAAAACCAACAGGAGGCUUUGCGAAAAACCACAACUAUACUGAAUGUUGCAUCGCCCAAAAUGUUUCCAAAGGCUGUUUAGGCUUCUGUAACAUUCAAAGUAUUUUAGAAGGUAGUACAGGGCAAGACCCUGAAAAUUGCGAACAAGAUUUCCCAUCAAUAGUCAAUUGUAUGGCAGAUGGUAGAAACCAUGUGCCUUGCUGCAUUCAUGAACGGGUUCCAGAUAUUUGCCAGGAUGUUUGCAGGGGUGAAUACACUGCCAUAACUGAGAAUAUUAAAACUCACUUUUCUUGUUCGGCUUACACUGAACAGACGUUGGCCUGUAUUAUGGAAGGCAUUGAGUUAUUGCCUAGUCCACCUAAAGAUGUUGAAGUAGAACCGUUAACGGAAAAAUCAAUAAAAGUAGAAUGGGCACUGCCUCAUGCAAAUAGUGAAACAAUUACAGAAUAUACAGUUAAUUUGACUACUUUAAGAAGUUUUUCUGAGAAUUCCGAAGAAGAGAUUAAAGGAAGUAGUAAUGCUACAGUAAAAACUAUUCUUCAUAAGGUCUCCAGAGACAAAAAUUCCACAAUUUUUACCGAUCUUUCCCCAUUUACUUGGUACGAAAUCACCGUCACUUCCCACAACAUCAUUGGUUCCUCUCUCCCAACAUACUCCAUAAAAACUUUAACUUUAGCACCUGGUAAGGUUAAAGAGCCCACCAAUGGAAGUCCGCCUGCUCUACCUGACAUUAAAAGUUGUUGCUCCAAUAAGGGCAUCACCCAUAAAACAUGCCUAAACAAACUCUGCGAUCCAGUAGAAGCUGAAAAAGUAGAAAUAACUGAUCUUAUGAUCUGCGCUCCAUGGGCCCAAGAUACCUUUGGCUGUCUCACCAAUGGGGUGGACCAUACACCCUGUUGCAAAGAACGAGGAUUACCAGAUAUAUGCCAGCAGUUAUGUACUGGAAACGUAUCUAGCUUAGAUUUUAAUUACUUUAAAUGUCUUCGGUACAUGGGUGAGUACACCAACUGCCUUCUUCAAGGUUAUGGAGUUUUACCAAGUGCACCCACACACGUUUACAUUACCAAUGUGGAAUCAGAGUUUGCCUUACUUCACUGGUCGAUGCCAAAGACUCUAGGAGAUACGGUUACUAGUUAUAAUGUUCAUAUAAGGCCAGUCAGUUCAGGAGAGGAUGAAGAAGAGGCUGAUUUUAAGAUAAUACCAAAUGCAAAAAGUAUUUGGGUAUUGGAGGAUUUAGAGAGUGAAACAGACUACGAAGUCUACGUAGAAGCUGUUAAUAAACAUGGAGUGGGAUCACCUAGUCCACGGCUCACCUUCCAGACAGGCAGUAAGAUCGAAGAGGAAGAAAUAGAAGAAGCAGCAACUUAUAACGUGACUGCUUGCUGUGUAGAAGCCAAUCUAAACAGCGUCUGCUUACCACUAUGUUCCUACGAUGCCAAUAUGAACGAUGUUAAAAGACUGGCAGUAUGUGGCUCUGAAUUCCACACGAUCUUAAAAUGUGCCGCAGGUGGUAGGAAUCAUGGUACUUGCUGCAAUAGAAGAGGAGUACCAGCAGCAUGUCAGUCUUUAUGCUCUGGGGUCAUUGUGGAUUCUUUAAGAAGUACAGCUGCUAAUUGUGUUACUUAUAUUGGAAAUAUUGUGCAGUGUUUUGAAGAAGGCACAGGGAAAUUACCAGGUCCAGUGGCGGGUGUUCAUGCAAUUGCAGCGGACUCUACCAGCAUUAACUUGGAAUGGUCACCACCAGAGGAAGGGCCGAAUGUUACUGAUUAUGUGAUACAUUACCAAAAAGUCGAUAAUACUUCCAUGCAUGAAACUUUACUUAAAUUAGAUAAACAAGUGAACACAACUGGAUACUAUUACAUCUUAACGGGCCUUGAAGAAAACGCCAUGUAUCAAGUAUUUGUAGUGGCAAGAAAUGAAUAUGGUACCUCCUUACCAUCAUCCAUAGCAUUUAUAAAGUUAUCUAGCAACAAUGAAGGUAAAUGGGUCAAUGCAACCACAUCACCUCCGCACUCUUUAGCUGUUGCUAGUCACAGUGCCACAUGGGUUACCAUCAGUUGGCAACCACCAGAGUUUAGUCAUCCAUCUGAGCAAAUUUCUUAUAGACUAUACCACAAAUCUACCUCAGAAGAUAAAUAUCAAAUUAAAAACACAUCUGUGACCUCAUACAUGAUCAAGAAUCUAACCCCAAAUACUCAGUAUAUUAUUUAUGUUGAGGCAGUCACUGACAAAGGGGUCAGCAUGCCAUCAGAGACUCUUAUUGCCUGGACAGAUCCAGCAUAUCCAGCUUUUGUAGAAUCUCCAACAGUCCAUCCCAUUAACCUCGUAAUAGAAGGCAGCAGCAUGACAAUCUUAUGUAUUGCUAUGGGUAACCCAAUGCCUACAAUAUCCUUAUACAUAUCUGGACGGUUGGUGAGGCAGGAUACCACAAGACACAUGGUAACUGUUAUCCAUAAUGUAACAAGGGAUAUGGAUCAAAUCUCUUGUUAUGCUGAUAAUGGUUAUGGUACACCCAUGCAGGCUUCUAGGAAAAUUACUAUAAGUCAUGGUCCUCACAUCCAAGCAAGCGGUAUCACCAUGGCCACCAUCGGGGAUUCAGUAACUCUCGAAUGUAAGGUAGAAGCAACACCAGAGCCCAAAAUGAUCUUCUGGAGAAGCCACGAAGAGAGAACUCCGGUUAUCCAAGGUGGCAAGUAUGACAUCCAAAUUGGAAAAGCAAAGGAUGAAGAGGAUAAAUAUAUUAUGCAUUUAACUAUUAAAAAUAUCUUAGAUGUUGACGUUGGUGACUACUACUGCCAUGCAGAAAACGCAUUCGGAAGUGCAACUCAACCGGUUUCUGUUAGAAUUAGAAAUUUGGCAACUGUAAACAAUGUAACUCAAUGUUGCCUUGAUCAGAAUGUCACUUCUAGUUGCAUGGAUGCUUGCUCGUUCCAUUUAGAUAUCGAUGCUGUCAUAGAUAAACCUGAGUGUAUACAGGACUUUGAUAAAUUAAUGAAAUGCGCAGCAGACGGAUCAGAUCAUAGAAACUGUUGUGCCCACCAAAAUGUUCCACGAAGAUGUUUGGACUGGUGCAGAGGAGAGCCGAUAAUCAAUAGUAAAGUGUGUGUUUUAUCAUACACCAAGCAUAUUAUGAGCUGCUUCCACGAACUAAGGGAUAAGCUACCAGGGCCACCUCAAAACAUACGGGUCGAAUUCAUAGAUGCCCACUCAGUUUACCUUCUAUGGGACCCUCCAGUAAAAAAUCCACAUACUGUAGAAAUGUAUAGGGUAUUCUGGAGGCCAGUAGACUCUCCCAAUAGGUCAAGCCAAAAGGGAGAUACGUCUGAGACCAAACUAAAAAUUUCUAACUUAAAAGAUGGCACGACAUACGAGGCUGUAGUAAAAGCAGGAAACAGUAAAGGAACAUCAACCUUGGCAGACCCUAUUAAGUUCACCAUGGGUGAAAAGUCGCUUUAUAUCACACCAGCAGCAAGUCAAAGUCAAGAAGGUGGCCAUGCUGGGGUAGCUGUUGCGGUUAUUUUAGCGUUAGCUAUUGUUGCUGCUCUAGUCGCUGCGGCCGUAUGGUUCGUAAGAACCAAGAAGAUGCUAGGUGUUAAGGGAACUAAUGGAAUCGCGUUCGAGAAUCCUAGCUAUUUAAGAGAGGUUAAUAUGGAUAAUGUACAGAUACCCAACGGAACUGAAAGUACAACAUCUUCACUAAAUGGAUCUGCCAAUGGUGGUAUUUCAGCAUCGAGCACCUCAGGAGGUCAAGGUUGGAAAAAUGAACAGCUACAUGUGCCCGCUCAGGAAGUUAAUCCAACUUUGUACGAAGAACUAAAAUUAGGUCAAGAUGGUGCAGGAUUCAAAAGACUUAAGCCCUAGUAUGAGGAUUUAUUAAGCGGCAGGGAAGGACAAGAAUCUCGAUUUUAAGAUAGAAAAAGUAUAGCGUUUAAGUACAUAAAUCCCUGCAAACCAAUGAAAUGUGAUAGCGGUAGAAAAUGAAAUAUUGUAGUUUUAUUUUUGCCCUAAUAUGGUAAAUUCUAUUGUAAUAUAGGCAAAGGUAAUUAUUUAAUUGGCACAGCUUUUGAAGUGUAAAAAUAAAGUAUUUUGUAGAGGGUUAAUUUUAGGUUAUGUUGUUUUAAACUUGACUUGACAAUGUCGAAUUUAGUUGUUGAAUGUAAUAUAGCUUGAAUUCGGUUGCCAUUUUAGGGCCAGGGUAUUGUACAUAUUAUUUUAUUUAAUAUCUUAGCAAUACCUCAUACAGUAUAUCAAUAGAUAUAAUUCAAAAUGGGGCUAUUUAGAGCUAUCAGAACUUUAAUACAAAAAGUCGUGUGGUACCAUGUAAGACCGAACAGUUAAUGAAUAUUUUGUAAAAUUUUGUGACCUGGGUUCAUUUAUAUAGCUCUGAAUUUUCCUGUUAAUAUUUUUAUUUUUCAAUAUUCCAAUUAAUAAUAAUAAUUUAAAAGUCUUAGUGUUAGGUUUUAAAAAUGUGAUUUUAUUUAAUAAAAAUAGUAAAAAUAUUUAAAAAACUCUCAAAUUUGAAUAUUAGAGAGGAAGUAAUUUUAGUUUUUAAUGUAUAGGAAACUUAAGGACAUUCCGAAAGGUAUUACAGAGGUGUAGUUUUUUUUAAUACAAUCAGACAUAUCUGUUUAUACGCAAUUUAAAUAUUUAAAUUGUAGUUAGGGGUUAUAAUUUAAAAACUCUCUAAUUGCGUGGCCAAUUUAGGACACUCACUAAUAAAAUGGAUCAAAAUUAUAUAAAAAUUGACUUAUAGGUAGUUCGUAGCUUUUGAACAAUAUUUACUUUACAUUCCAAAACCACUCCGUCAAACAUAAGGCAGAAUAUUGCUCUAUAAAAACUAAAUAAAAAAGUGUAUAUUAUUCAUACACAAUAUAAAUGUGCCUUUA